AUGGCCGACAACGCCGUGCGAAAGUACAAGUGGACCGACAGCACUUGGGCCAUCAGCACGCGGGCAGCUGAGGCCUACGACUUCUUCCUGAUCCAGAAGCCAUGUGCUUUCGAAGCCAAUGGUGGUGUCGGCUUUCCCAUCUACUUGGACACGAUGAGGCGCUUCCUUACGCAUAUGCAUGCCGCGGGCUAUAAGGGCGUAUAUAACAUCUACUAUCAAGGUCUAGCACGCAUUUCUAAGGAGCUCGCGGACAUCACCCACAUCAUCUCGUGCAUGCGGCCUGGAAUGAGGCGGAAUGCUCGGAACGCGGCCAUCUUAUUGGCGGAUCACUCCUGGGGGAAGAGGGCUUCUUCGCUCUUUGCCCUCCACGUUGGCCACCUCCUCUUCAAGAAGGACGACUCCAAGAUCUGGAUUGAAGCUACAUUUCAUUUCGACAAGUCUCUACAAGAUCGCGGCAUCUUUCUAGGUCACCCUCUUGAGGGCGAUUUCCGUGUCCAAGAGGAGGCAAAGGAGUGGCCGGUCUUCUGCCACUACACCCACUUUGCACUCCCUGCGAACACGGUCCCCUUCGAUACGCCUGCGAUGACGAAGAUGAUUCGCGACUCUGCUGCAGCAGCUGGCUACCCCCAGAACAAAUGGUCUAUCCACUCGCUCCGUGCAGGCUUUGCAACGGACUUCGUGCUGACAAUGCUGCGCAAGAACAAAGCCGUCUCCUCUGAUGUUGACCGCGAUACGGCGCUUGCAUUCGACAAUCUGAAAGCGCCGCACGAUCCCGCGAAGAUUCAAACAGAGUUCUGCUUCCUCCCCGAUUCACUUCUUCAGCGGAUCUUCGACGAAGAGCUCGCGCCCGAUGCACUACGUAAGAACGAACAAGCCAACGAGCUCGACAUCAAGAUCACCCUGCUCGAGCGGCAAGAACAAGCGAUACGUCGGGGACAAGAUAGCACUCGCGCAAGGAUAGAUAAGGUGGCGGUCAACCUUGGCAUCACCAACUCAACAAUUGCGAACAAGAAGCUCAAGGUGGAUGAGGCGAAGAAGACAGAACUGAAAGGUGAUGAAUCACUCGAGAUCGAAGAUGACGGGCUCACACACGAGACCCGCGAACUGCGCAAACAACAAGUAGACCUCAAACAGAAGAAAAACCUCAUCACCAGACAGCUGAGUGACCGGAAGAGCCACGCUGUCAAGACGUGGCUUGCGAACUGGGUCAAGACGACGUUCCCCGAUGAAGUCGCCACUGCACUCGAAGACUUCAAGACGGAACAGAUUGUUAACUUUUCUAUUCAGUACGCGGCAGUCCGAGCUGACCGCAAGACCUCCAAAGCGGAACGCCAGAGGGCCAUGCGAUCUGUCAUCAACCAAGAGAAGACCGUCAUCAAUCGCACCGCCAAGAAGCUCUACGACGCGGAGAACAACUUGAAGGAACCCUAUUGA